GCGAAGAAGGGCCAGAAGAUCACGAAGAAGUUCGUCAUCAACGCCGCACAGCCCGCCAACGACAAGAUCUUCGACGUCUCUGCCUUCGAGAAGUUCCUCCACGACCGCAUCAAGGUGGACGGCCGCACCGGCAACCUCGGCGACACGAUCCAGAUCUCGCAGGUUGGCGAGGGCAAGAUCGAGGUCGUCGCCCACCAGGAGUUCUCCGGCCGCUACCUCAAGUACCUCACCAAGAAGUUCUUGAAGAAGCAGCAGCUCCGCGACUGGCUGCGCGUCGUGUCCACCUCCAAGGGCGUCUAUGAACUGCGAUUCUUCAAUGUCAUGGACGAUGCUGAGGAAGAGGACGAGGAUUAG